GGAGACAAUGUCUCUUAAAAAGUUAGUUUACUGUAAAGUUACUUUACUACUUUACUGCGUUUUUUUCGGAGCCCGCGCGCGCACACGCUGAGCGCUGUUUACUACAGCAGGUGGAUAUGACGUCACGGGCUGGGAAUCAAACAACAACAACAUCUAAAUCCGCGACAUUUCCCCCUCUUUCCCUGGCGAGGCGCGUUUAAAGUUUGUUAAAGAACACACACAAAAAAACAACAAGGGUCGAAAGGAUGGCGAGUUCCUGUAGUGAGAGUUUCCAGAGCGUUUGUUGAGAGUUGCUGCUCCAGCGUGCGGCUUUAUUAUUUUUCCGGUCAGAGCCACGCGGCGGUGGUGGUGGUGGUGGCGGUGCAGAUCGCGGCUCUGGCCGCUCAAACUUCUAGUCCCCAGAGCGGAGUAAUCUCGUUAUUUCUACACGCCGCGAUUUUCUCGCACGCGCUUCUUACCCGCACCCGCAGCCGAGCUCGCGCCGCGAGUUCAAAGAGCCGCCGCGCUGCGAGUUUGUUUCAACCGCCGCGUCUUAUUCAAAAAUUAUCACAAAAAAUAAAAUAUCAAAUAACCACCCAAAUUACGGAAUAUAUUGGCUAUUUCAGAGUCUUCUGGCAGGGGCUUUGGAAGAAGUGGUCCAUCUUGAUCUUCUCCACUUACACCUGGAGGCCCCUCUUCUGACAGAUCAUUGAUUAGCCCCCCCUUGCAGUGCUGUGGUGAUUUUAAUUGAAAGAAUGGACUGUCAAUCUUUUCAAAACAACUGAUGAAGGGAGAAGAGCCCAGUGUUAAAGUCUUUCUGGAUGCUGAAAUCAGAGACAAAACGAGAAGGCUAAACUCCGAGAGUUGUAACCGAAGACAGCUUCAAGCAAGCGAGUCCUUGGAAGAAGGCCUUAAAGUCAUGAUGCAAGAGGCGGGGACAGCGGAGGCAACAAGCAACGGAACAGCCAAACAGAACGGGGUGGCAGCUGAAGGCGGGCUACGAGACAUCCGAUCCAAGAGCGCCACACCUUCGUCUGACAUCACAGCCGCUAACCUCAUGACCCUUCAACAGCAACAGGCUCUACAGGUUGCAAGGCAACUCCUCCUCAAGCAGCAGCAUCAACAGCAGCAGCAGCAGCAGCAAAGUGGGGCCAUCAAGUCUCCUAAAAGCAACGAGAAACAGCCUGCACUGCAGGUGCCAGUGUCAGUGGCUAUGAUGACCCCGCAGGUGAUAACUCCUCAGCAAAUGCAGCAGAUUCUCCAGCAGCAAGUUCUGAGCCCUCAACAGCUCCAGCUCCUCUUGCAGCAGCAACAGGCCCUGAUGUUACAGCAGCAGCAACUUCAGGACUUCUAUAAGAAGCAGCAAGAACAGCUCCAUCUCCAACUCCUUCAACAACAGCAUGGCAGUAAACAGCAGAGCAAGGAGGUUUCCACGCAGCAGUUGGCGUUUCAGCAGCAGCUCCUUCAGGUUCAGCAGCUGCAGCAGCAGCACCUGCUCACUCUACAAAGACAAGGCCUGCUGUCCAUCCAGGCUAACCAGAAUCUGCCUCUGCACGCUUUUACUCAGGGCGUGAUUCCUGCUGAGCUGCAGCAGCUGUGGAAGGAGGUGACGAGCACGCACGUGAAGGAGGAGAACAGCGCCAGCAACAACAGCCACCGUGGCCUGGAUCUGUCCUCCGCCUCACCCGUGCCUCCCAAGAGCAACAUCCUCAACCAGCACGCUAUGACGAACGGCCAGUACAGCAGCCACGCACUCAAGAGAGAGAGCUCAGUGCUGGACGAACACACACACCACAGUCACCCUCUCUACGCACACGGCGUGUGUAAAUGGCCAGGAUGCGAAGCUGUGUUCGAGGACUUCCAGUCGUUCCUCAAACAUAUGAAUAAUGAGCAUGCAUUAGACGACCGGAGUACAGCCCAGUGUCGGGUACAGAUGCAAGUAGUUCAGCAGCUGGAACUGCAGUUAGCCAAGGACAAAGAACGUCUGCAAGCUAUGAUGACUCACUUACAUGUUAAGUCCACAGAGCCCAAACCCUGCCCUCAGCCUCUCAACCUGGUUUCCAACGCCACACUGUCCAAGACGGCCCCCGGAGCAUCGCCUCCCCUCAGCCUGCCUCAAACCCCGACCACACCCACCACCCCGCUCACACCGCUCUCUCAGACCCACUCGGUCAUCACACCCACCAGCCUGCACAGCGUCGGACACAUUCGCCGACGUUACUCAGACAAAUACAGCAUGCCCAUAUCACCAGAUAUUGUCCAAAACAAGGAGUUCUACAUGAACACAGACGUGCGCCCUCCUUUCACAUACGCAUCAUUAAUACGUCAGGCGAUACUUGAGUCACCAGAAAAACAGCUAACACUAAACGAGAUAUACAACUGGUUCACGCGAAUGUUUGCAUAUUUCAGGCGGAAUGCAGCCACCUGGAAGAACGCAGUCCGGCAUAACCUUAGUCUUCACAAGUGUUUUGUGCGAGUAGAAAACGUUAAAGGGGCGGUAUGGACUGUUGACGAGCUAGAGUUCCAAAAGAGAAGGCCACAAAAGAUCAGCGGGAGUCCUGCACUAGUGAAAAACAUUCAGACCAGUCUGGGAUACGGUCCUGUUCUCCCAGCUAGCUUCCAGGCUUCACUGGCAGAAAACAGCUUACCUCUAUACACUACCGCUUCCAUCGGAAGCCCCACUCUUAACUCGCUUGCCAACGCUAUCCGAGAGGAGAUGAAUGGGGCCAUGGACCACGGCAACAGCAACGGUAGUGACAGCAGUCCAGGACGCUCCCCUCUUUUAGCUAUGCAUCACAUCAGCGUUAAAGAAGAACCACUGGACCCAGAAGAGCAUGAAGGGCCGCUCUCGUUAGUGACAACCAAUCACAGUCCAGACUUUGAUCACCAUAGAGAUUACGAGGACGACCACGGGAACGAGGACAUGCUGUAAGGCUGCUUUCCCUCGGGUCCUCUUCAAAGGGGCCAAACUUAAACUGAAAUCAUCUGUGAGACCACUCCCAACCUAGCAAGUCCGGCUGGAUUCCCAGUCCCUUUUGUUGACAGCUAUUUAAAAAAAAUAAAUAAUUCCAAUUUACUCUUAGUGCCAUUAAUCAUGAGAUACACAUGAGGUAAGAAAAAAACUAUUCCAUUUGGGAGUAUUUUUCAGUUGUUUUUACUUUUUUGGGUUAAAGACAAGACCGAGCACGUACUUUUUACUUGCGUCCAGUAAAAGGAGCCAUUUGGUACUGGGGGACUACUGCUUCACUUUGCCUGGCCUGGUGGCAUUGCGACCAGAGUGGACAUGAGUGAGAAAACACACGCAGAGAAAGACUGCCACUUUGCUCUCGAAGUUCAACACUGACACACAAACUACAGAAGAGUGCACACUUGAAUCAUUAUCCCCCAAACGGACACUGAUGCAGAGCAUGUGGGCGCAGGUGUACGUGAUUUCAGAUCAAUGACACUGCCUACAAAUCAGCUUGGGUUGCCACCAACCUCAGUGUUGCCUCCAAACUCAGUCUAAAGUUUUGAUGGCAAAUAAUACAAUCUUUUUUUGUUUGGUUGUUUAUUUUUUCGUCCCCUCGAUUGUCCGAUGCUCUUAUUUGCUUUAUUUUUUUUUUUUUACCUUCUAUUCUGUACCUGAUCAGACCUCAUGCCCAUUGUUGUAGAGAUUCUGUACAAUCUGCACUUGAUUGAUGAAUGUGUAUAGUUUCUUUCCAUGAUGUUUCAUUUCCCUUCUCUUAUCCAUUAUUUAAUGGGAAACAGAAUGUCCAAGUUACCAUGUAGUAUUUUUCUGUCAUUUAUUCCACAUUUCAGAUCACCGUCACACUGUCACAUUGCUCGCUGUCUUUCACACAGACACACACACACUCACACACAGAGUCCAUCUGCAUAUGCACUCCUCGUAAUGAAGUCUCUCUCCACGCAUCAAUGAAGUUUAAUUUUCACAAGGGAAUGAAUGACAGAGAAAUCGACGCAGGUUACGACUUGUCCUUAUGAAAUACCUUCUGAAAUCCCCUUUCGUUGCAGUGCAUUAGCUGCAGCCGAAUCACUGAUCAAAACACUGGUGCGAAUGGGGGGAAAAAUUAAAUGUCAGAAUAGAAUGAAGCAGUGGCAGAGAUAAUUUUAUUUUUCCCCUGCUUUUUUUCCCCCCAUUCUGUAAUUUAUGGACUGUCGGGUUAAAGCUAGAGGACUUUAAAGUGCAUUCCCUGUUGUUUUAAUGUCUUGUUUGCCCACAUCAAUAACCAGCCCACUCCCUUUCUUAUUAGCAGUUGUUAGUAAUUACACAUUAGAUAAAAAGGUUUAAGGGAUUACAAGCCACAGUUGGCAUUAGAAGCCAUGACCACUAAGCAUUACAGCAUCAGGGGCAGCCCACUAUGACCACAUGUUUCCUGCCACAUUACCUUGGAAACCAGUAUGAAGUCAAUUUUGGGAUCACAUGGAAAACAUCCACGGUACAGUGUCUGGGAUGGGGUGGGGGUAAGGGAACACCAGGGUUGUGUGUAAGGGGGUGCGGGACAGCAAUAAGCAGCCACUCUCUUUUCCAACUGCUUGCGGUUUCUUAAAAAAAUCUUUUUUUUUUUUUUACAAAAAUUUAAUAAUAAUUCAACAACAUCGAGAAGCAAAUUAGACCUAACCAAAUUUUGUAUCUCAAACUAUGACUGCAAUUAACCACUUGUUUAAUUUAUUAUUUCUGUUUUUAUGAUUGAUUUUUGUUUUCAGAUUUUUUGACGUCUGUUACCUGUGACUACCAAAGAUAAAGGACAAGAUUAGAAAAAAAUAAAUGUUCUAUGUUCCAUGCAAUAGCAAAACAAGGCCAAAUAUCCUCCCCAUUCAGUGCAAAAUAGGGAAAAGAACAGUGAAAAUAAAGCUUUUGGCGAAUAAAUGAGUGAGCUGUUCUAAAAGCCAAAGGGGGUUGUUUAAGGGGCAGCUGCAAGGUUUUUGUUUGUUUGUUUGUUUGUUUUUUGCUUUUGACCAAAUGGGAGAGAACAGCCAGAGAUUGGGAUAAAACAUAAGAGCAUAUAAUAGCACUGUUCUCUCUGUGCCAGGCUGAGGCUAAAAUAAAAGAGUGUUUUACUUUGAAAGGUGUCUGGACUAAGUACAUGGCAGUAACUGAAAUACCGGAUGGGGAAAGGAUUUAAAUAACACAAUACUGGACCACACUUAUUAUAUAUUUUUUGUUUGUUUGUUGUUUUUUUUGUUUGGGGUUUUUUUAAUCCUUCGAUAAGAUUGUAUGCCACUUACUAUGUGAAUCGAGUUGGAGGUUGUUGUUGUUGUUUUUUUUCUUUUGUUGUACAUUGCAAAUGCUUUAUGAUUGUGUUUUAAAUUCUGUCGACUUUUUUUUAUAUCAACUUUGAUUUUUUUUGUUUUUUUUUAUAUUAAAACCAAACACUCCUGAUGACUAAUAAGCUGGGUACAAGGUACUUUAAUGGCAGGGGUUUCAGUUUUUCAUUAGAAACUCAGCCAUGCAUUUAUUAUAGAGAAAAACCCCAGAAAUGUUCAAUUCGCAAGAAAAUAAAUACACAAGAGCCGGGCAGCUGUCGAUGGGCUAAAAGCAGUCAGAGUGUGAAAGACAUGCGCUCAUCAUGCGCUAAUCCAAAUCUCUUAGCGGUAAUGAAGGGGAAGGGGAUAAGCAGGUAGAUACGAUCAUCUUCCGCAUGUGUAGCUCAACAUUACUAAAGUGAAGCAGCAUGAGAAAAAAAACUGUUAGUACACAUACCUCAGUUCAGACCUAUAGGGAAUGAUUAAACAAAGAGAGAAAAAAAAAAAGAUACCAUUUCACUCUGUUGCACUUAGUUGUAUGUCCUGCAUGUUUAGUCUAAAACUGUAGCAAAUGAUAUUUUAAGAGAGAGUUUAAAAAAAAAAAAAAAGGAUAUAAAAAUGCAAAAAAACCUACUUGUCUCGAAGGUCUCAUGUUCUUUUGUGUUUUAAAAACCAAUCCAAACCUCAGGCCUUUUUUCCUAAAGAAAAGUCACAAAUCUUUCUCUAACGGUUUUUUUUUUUCAGGCAUGGUAUUCUGUCUUAGACGGCUUCACCUGUGUGGGCUUUAAUCCUCGUAGGUUGUACAUACACCACAUUAUAUCCUUGUAUGCUUUCUUGUUUUCUUUCUUUUAUUUUUCUUUAAAAGAACAAAAGAUGUUUGUAAUUCCAUGUUUGCUUUACCAUUCGAACAGCUUUGUACUGACUAUUAAAAAAAAAAAAAAAAAAAAA